UUUUGAAAUUGAUUGAUUUCAGUUUUCACUUUGCACGGGAGCGGGAAAAGGUCCUCCAUUCUGAAAAUCCAUAGUGUAAGAACUUCAAUUUCUUUCAAGAUUCUUUGAUAAUUUGGGUUUUUAUUUUCCUUUUGAAGAAUCUGAUAUCAUGGGUAGAGCUCUGAAUCGAGAACCCACUAAUGCUAGUAAUGCCACCGACCGACAACUCAGAGCAGUCAAGCGUGAAAAAAUGACUCAGAAUCGAGGUGGCUCAGGCAGGGACGAUUCCACUCAGCAAGAUGAAGUCGAUCGGCGAGCCCUCCGAUCGAAGUAUCUUGCAUUACAUAAUAAGAUCAACGAUGAGAGAGAUGAUUUAACGAGAGUGGAUUCUGAGAAGUUUAAUUCUAUGAUUAAGGAAGUUGAAGAUUUGCACCAGCAUGUGCAAAAGCCAAGAGAGCAAGUUGCAGAUGCAGAAGCAUUACUAGGCCUUGCAAACACAUUGGUCUCAUCUGUUAAAUCACAGUCAAAUGAGGGCAUUACUGCUGCAGACUUUGUUUCUUGUGUGCUGUCAGAGUUUGGGCAAUCCAAUGGGACACCGGAUGAAGGGAAUUUCUCUAGUUUGAUCAAGUGGAAAGAGAUUGGGCUUGCUGUUUCAUCUAUUUUCAGGAAAUGUAAUGGGUUCAGCACAAUGGUUGGACCAAUGAAUACUGAGUUGAAGCAAAGGAAGACAACUGUUAGAGGUGAUAGAAAACGUGCAAGGCCAACUGAAAAAUCUCAGCCGGAGGAGGUUGAUGAUACUGGGGCUGAAGAGAAAACAGAUACUGAUAAUAAUAUGUCAAUAAUGUUUGAGAUCUUAAGGAGGAACAAAUGGGUUCGACUUGAAAAUUUGAUCUUGAAUAGAAGGUCUUUUGCACAGACUGUGGAGAAUUUGUUUGUUUUGUCUUUCUUAGUUAAAGAUGGGCGGGUUCAGAUAACUGUUGAUGAAAGUGGCUCUCACCUUGUUUCACCAAGGAAUGCUCCUGCUGCCAAUUCUGUAAUGUCAGGGGAGGCCACAUAUAGGCAUUUUGUGUUCAGAAUUGAUUUCAAGGAUUGGCAGCUAAUGAUGGAUGUGGUGUCAGAUGGUGAUGAGCUAAUGCCAGACAGGAAAAGUUCUGCUACUUCUGAGUUGGAGCCUGCAACUAACGUUAGACAAGAAACUCAUAACCGCACACCAAUCAGGAAAUUCUCUAGGAACCGUGGACUUGUUGUACAAGAAGAUUCCGUUGUAGAAGAGUCUCCUGAAAUUGAAGCUACAAAAGCCAUAGGCUCCUUAAGGUGUAGGCGUAGGCUCACUUGAGGCUGGCACGUAUAUAAGGUGAACCCAGUGGCUUCUCGGUAGAUAAAUUUCGCUUUGCUUUCAUUGGGUCUACGUUCUAAGUAGCCUAACUUAUAUGCAAAUGUACGGAUGCGUUUGUUACUUUUUGUAGCCUUGAUUAAAGAUGAUUAAGGACCUUCUGUAUCUGUAAUCAGUAAAUUUUGUGCUGGUUCAAACUCCGUUGUUGCAUAGACACAAUUAUAAUAUUUUAUUUUUGGUUUUCGACUA